GGUCGCGCGGCGCUGCGUCUCCGUGGGUUCGGGCCGGCGGCGCAGAGGGGAGGAUCCAUCAUGGCGUCCAUGCAGAAACGAUUACAAAAAGAACUAUUGGCAUUGCAAAAUGAUCCACCUCCAGGAAUGACUCUAAAUGAAAAGAGUGUACAAAAUUCAAUCACACAGUGGAUUGUUGACAUGGAAGGUGCUCCAGGAACACUAUAUGAAGGGGAGAAAUUUCAGCUUCUAUUUAAGUUCAGUAGUCGGUAUCCUUUUGACUCGCCUCAGGUCAUGUUUACUGGAGACAAUAUUCCUGUUCAUCCUCAUGUUUAUAGCAAUGGUCAUAUCUGUUUAUCCAUUCUAACAGAAGACUGGUCUCCAGCUCUCUCAGUGCAAUCUGUUUGUCUUAGCAUUAUUAGCAUGCUUUCCAGCUGCAAAGAAAAGAGGCGACCUCCAGAUAACUCAUUUUAUGUAAGAACGUGUAACAAGAAUCCAAAGAAAACAAAGUGGUGGUAUCAUGAUGACACAUGUUGAUGCCACCAUUUUGUGAUCCUCGUAGCAGAAGAUAGUCCUACUGAGAAAAUGAGCACUUUGAUCAUUCAGUCUUUGAACUUUAACCUUUGACUGGAAGUGACCUAUAGGCAAUGAAGACUACUUCCUUUGACUGCAUUUUUACUAGUGUGCAUUCUGGGCGCAUGUUGAUCGCUGGUUCAGUCCAUGCAACUGACAUGCUUUUAUUAGUCAUACAGUAUUAAUGCAGGUGUCCAGAAAUGUCAGAAUAAUUCCAUUGUUUUUAUUUUAAGCUUUUGGAAGAAUUCCAGGUCUUCAUAUAUUGUGCAAUAACACUGAGCUCCUUGGCGGUUUUGGUGCAUCCAUUGCCGGCAAUGGACAUUGUACCAGGGAAAGGUUUUGCUCCUGCCACAUAAAAGAUUGAUGCAUGACAGAAUUUAUGGAAGUUUCAGAUAUAUUUGGAUUAUAAGCAAGGGAUCAACCAUUACCUUAAAAGCUACCCCAUUCUUUGAUAUUUGGAUUCUAUGCACUGUGAUUACAAAACUAGCAGCAUGAGUUACCAUGCUUAGCUGAAGGACUGUAACAAGAUCAUUGCAUAUUUAUUAAAUUGUUAUCUGCUGUCAAAUUGUUUUGACAUGGAAGGCUUUUCAGGUGACAUUGGCAGAGAGGUACAAUGUUAUCCCUAUGGUGAAAUAAAACUACUUUUUGUAUAUAGUUAUUCAUAUCUCUGAAGCAAAGGUAUGAGUAAUUUAGGGUAUGAGUGAUUUAACCAAGAAUUUAUUUUGAAGAUAGGAGAGGAUGGCAGUGAUAUAACUGAACUUGCUGCAGUCCAUAAUUGGGCUUGUAAUUUGUACCUUAGAGCUUUUUCCAAAUAGAUUGCACACUGUUAUUUCCUGCUAGCCAUCAGCAUGAGCCCUACUGCCUACACCAAUAUUUCAUUUAUUUAUGUGUUUGAAAGCAAUCCAUAUAACAUUUUUUGUUUGCAUUCACUGUUUCUUUUGUGUUGUAUGUCAUGUUUGAAUGUUACAAAACAAUAUUUUGAUUGAAAAGCUUUGUCAGAAGAUAUUUUCAUGUAAAUUAUUUCUUUAUCUUGUAAGCAUCAUCUUGUCUUUAAUCCUGUACUAUAAAAAAAAAAAUACAUUUUUGACAGAGGCUUAAUGUUUU